AUGACCCAGGGUCUUCCGUUCCCAGCUGCAAACGAUAUCGAUGAAACUUGGAACUUCAUCAAGUAUGGUGUCGAUAAAAUCCUUAUCCAAGAUAUUAACCAAGGCAUUGAGCCUUCUCUUUAUAUGAAUGUCUACACUGCCAUUCACAACUUUUGCGUUCAACCAAACAGCUCACACACAAACGCAGGAACUGUUUCCCGCGGCGCAGCACUCAUUGGCGCCGAUAUUUACAACCACCUUGCUGAAUACCUCACAGCACACUUGACUGAAACCCUUAACAAUAGCACAAUAUACAAUGACGAAAAUCUUGUCGACUACUAUAUCCGCAAAUGGGAUAGAUAUGUUAUUGGCUCACGCUACCUCAACAACAUCUUCUCAUACCUUAACCGGCAUUGGGUUAAGCGUGAACGAGAAGAAGGCCACCGACAUAUUCAUGAUAUCAACACACUAUGUCUCAUUCGUUGGAAAGAGGACCUUUUCAAUCCCAUCCACAGCCGACUCAUUGGCGCAGUAUUGGAUCUCAUCAACAAGCAACGUGAUGGUGAAACUGUCCCUACUCAGCACAUUCGAGCUGUCGUCCAAUCCUGUGUGGCUCUUGGUCUCGACGAAAAUAAUACCAAAAAGACAAACUUGACUGUCUACCGCUCCUUUUUCGAAGCGCAGUUUAUUGAAAGCACAGCUGCAUACUACUCUAAGGAAUCGUCCGAGUUUUUGCAAACUAUGGGCGUUGUGGAAUACCUCAAAAAGGCCUCGGACCGCUUGCGCGAAGAAUCUGGCAGAAUUACAAUGUACCUGCGGCCAGAAAGUGAAGAGAUUUUGCGCAGCACUUGUGUUCAGGUUCUUGUCUCGAGUCACUCUGAGGAAAUUCAAGAACAAUUCUUCCCGCUUCUUAAGGGCGACAGAGAAAGCGACCUCAAGCUCAUGUUUUAUCUCCUAGAAUCUGUUCCUGGUGGUCUCAUUCCUCUUCAAAAGAAUUUGUUUUCUUAUGUUAAGGAGCAAGGUUUGGCAGCUGUCGAUGCUUUGGUGGCUGGCUCGAAAGAAGCCCCUGCAUCUAGCAUUGAUACGCAAGCCUAUAUUGAUACCCUGCAGCGCAUUCACAGCAAGUACACUAAUCUUGUCCAAGCCGCAUUCAACUCCCACAGUGACAUGCAGAAAUCGCUUGACGAUGCGUGCCGCUACUACAUCAAUAACAAUAGCGUCACAAAUAAACCUGCAAAGGGUCGCGCCAUCAAGACUCCAGACUUGCUAGCCCGCUACUGCGACACACUGCUACGCAAGUCGUCAAAGAAUGCUGACGGCGCAUCCAAUGACGCCUAUCUCGACGGUGCUAUGACUAUCUUCCAGUAUGUUGAUGAAAAGGAUGCCUUUGAAAAGGCCUAUUCGCGUACCCUUGCACGUCGUCUUGUCCAUGGUACUUCUCUGUCCCAAGACGCUGAGACAAACAUGAUUACAAAGCUCAAGGGAAUUUGCGGCUCCGACUACACCAACAAGUUGCAGCGCAUGUUCCAGGACAUGUCUGUGUCAACAGAAAUGCAUGAUCAGUUUAAGGAGUAUCUAGAUAACGCUGAUGUCAAGCCUGUGGGAGACUUUACCCCCUACGUGCUAGCUGAAAGUUUCUGGCCAUUGCCUCCCUUUAACUCCCAGUUUAAUCUACCUCCUGAGCUGACUGUCAUUAAGGACAAAUUUACAAGUUACUAUAAUGGCAAGCAUACUGGCCGCAAGUUACAGUGGCUCUGGAACUUUUCCAAAGGUGAGCUCAAGGCCAACAUUUCCAAAUCGUCUAAAGUCGGCUUUACCCUCAUGGUAUCGAUGGUCCAAAUGGCCAUUCUGCUUCCAUUCAAUGAUGCGCUCGAGUAUACAAUUGAGCAGCUUAAAGAUAUUACACUCUUGGACGAUGACUUUUUGAAGGGGUCACUGACAAUUCUUCUUAAGGCCCGAAUCUUGUUUAUGAGUGGUGGAAAUGGUAGUAGCAGCGGCAGCGGCAAGCCUAGCAGUGCUGAUGGUGAUGCCAUGGAUGUUGAUGAGGCUGGCUCUGCUUCCAAGAAGAAGACAAGCGGAGCUACCAUUGACGAGGCGCUUGUUGCAGCUCCUGGAACCAAGUAUCGACUUAAUACUGAUUUCAAGAGUAAGAAAAUGCGUAUUAACUUGAACUUGCCAUUGAAGAAUGACCAAAAGAAAGAGGCAGAAGAUACGCAAAAGAGUCUUGUGGAUGACCGCCGCAUGUUUUUGGACGCUUGUAUUGUGCGUAUUAUGAAGGCGCGCCAGGAGCUGUCUCAUGUCCACUUGAUUCAAGAGACAAUUGACCAAUCAUCAAAACGGUUUGUUCCCUCGGUCACGGAUAUCAAGAAGUGUAUUGAAAGUCUGAUUGAACGCGAGUAUCUCCAGCGUGUUGAUGAAAAGACAUACAGAUACUUGGCUUAA